AUGGAUGAACACACGAAAGGAAGAAUGUCCAAAAGGGCACAUGUUAAAAGGCAUGGAGUAGACAAAUACAAGAAAUUUAUCGGAAACCAAAGCGAAGGACAAGGAUUUGCAGACAACAGGAAAAGGAAAAUCCAGCAUGAAUAUUUAAAGAUACUGAGCAAACAAAGAAAGAAAGAGGAAUAUGAAACUGGGCAACAGUUGACAAACGACAAAUACACAGAAGAAGACUCAUUAAGAGGGAAGAAAUUUACGAAAUAUUCCAAGUCUGAGUGGCAUUCUCAACAAAGGAAGGAGGAAAAAGCAAGAAAGAAAACGGAAGCAUUGCGGAGAAAAAGAGAAAGGGAAGAAGCAUUAGCAAAAUAUAACAGUAAAAAACAAAAGAAGAAUAAAACGUUUUCCAAACGGACACACAAAGGACAACCAGUAAUGAAAAAUCAAAUUGAAUAUUUGUUAACCAAAAUUGAAAAGCAAGUUGAUAAAACAUAAGAGUGUGGAACAAUGUGUUGUGAUUGUUAUAACUACAAAUUAAA